CAAGUUUGACAUUAUUUUUUAAUGCAAAAUUGAAUUUGCAAUUGAAAAGUACUCUACAGAUUUUUUGAUAAAUGGUGCCGUUUUCAAGAUAUAACCACCGAAAGUUUGAUUUUAGCGAAAUAUUUGCAGUUUUUCAAUUUUUAAAAAUAGUGACCAUGAGUGACCGUUUCUAAAAAUAUUUUUUUUUUGAAAGGUUCAGAAAAUUUGCUCUGAAAUUGUCUAAGAGACAUUGAAGAUUGGACCUCGGGUUGCUGAGAUAGAGCCUUUUUAAGAAAAAGAAACACGAAAAUUGAAGUUUUCUUUAUCUCACCAAAACAACCCACCAUUUUCUAAUGACCAUAUCUCAGCAAAUAUUGGUCCGAUUUUCAAUUUCAACACAUGAAAAAUUCGUGAAUUUUUUUUUCUAUCUCUAAAGAUUUUCCAAAAUUUUCAUUUUUUUUCUUGUCACCCUAAUGGGGCAUUUAUUUGAAAAGAGGCAAAACAGUUAUUGAUAAUGCACAACAAAUUGUAGGUCCGUGCAAUCAUUCCAGUAUGUGUGCAACAAUUUAUUUGAUAAGAAACAUAAAUAAUUUUUCUUAAUGGGAUUGUUCUAUGUCAAAACGCAAUAUAUUAUAUUCUUAGACAAAUUUAUGAAAAAGACGUAACCAGGAAUGUAAAAAUAGAACAAUUUUUAUUGGAACAUUCAACCGACAGCUGAUCCACGAUUUGCUACCACAAUCAGUUGCCAGAGCUCGUCACGAGUCAAUCUCGGCCAGUCGUUCUUCUGCACUUAUCAGCCGAGCACAGCCUGCAAAACUGUUCCGAAUGAUGCGAAUCCUAGCGUUGUUCAUACUUUUAUUCGCUAACGCUUCCUGCGAGCCGGAAAAAUGUGGCCUUCAGAAGGUCAAAACACGCGAGCUGAUCGUCCGCGGGUACGGCUCCUACCCGGGACAGUUUCCGUGGCACGUGGCCAUCUUCCACCGAAAGUCCAAGGUGCGUACGGAUUACGCUUGCGGGGGGAGCUUGAUAAGCGCGAGCUUCGUACUGACCGCGGCGCAUUGUACGAGGGGUGAGGAUGGGUACGAGAUUCGAGCGAGUUUGGUGAAGGUGUUUCUGGGACUGCACGAUAAGGAGUUCAUCGGUCCGAACGUUCAACAGCACUCGGUUUAUGGCAUUCACACGGUUCCCUCGGAAGUUCCUUGGGUUGGGUUGAAGAACGACGUGGCUCUGCUGGAGCUUGGAAGUAACGUGGAGUACACGAACUUUGUGCAGCCGAUCUGUUUGAAUUUUGAGGAAAUACCGAACAGGGUGAUUGGAACUGUUCCCGGAUGGGGGAGGACAGAAGUUGAGGACAUUUCGGAGGUUUUGAAGACGGCCAGUAUGCCGAUCAUCAGUACGCUGAAUUGUUUGCAAAGUAAUCGAGAUGUUUUUGGCGGGGCGUUGGAUACUGGAAUGAUUUGUGCCGGACAUCAGAAUGGUACAAGUGUCUGCAAUGGAGACAGUGGGGGAGGAUUGGUCGUACAGAGAUGCACUGAUGGCGGAUGUUCCUGGUCUCAGAUUGGAGUAUUGUCGUUUUCGGCUGGAAAUGCAACCGGACAUUGCAGAAGUGAUGGUUAUGGAGCAUUUUCCAACGUUCAAACGUAUCUACCGUGGAUCAGUCAGAUCACUGGCAUGCAAUUUGGAGAAGAUAUAUCACAAUAUGUUUGUGGCCACCAGCAGGAUGAAACAACGACACGAACCAGAUGGCCUUGGCACGGAACUGCAUAUCUGAAAAAUCCAUCGUUUUCUAACAAAGAUUGCAACUCCUACGAUGUGACAAUUCUAUCCAAUCAAAUCGUCCUGACGGUACAUGCUUUCAUAUAUUGUUAUCAAAAAGAUCCCGAAUCCUACCGUGUCCGGGUGGGAUAUCCAGCCGUUGGCAUAUCCGACGAAUUUACCCAAGAAUUCCCAAUCGAGAAAGAGUUCACGAGCGCUCAGCAAAUCCCGCACACACGAAACCUGGCGAUACUCAAGCUGAAAGGGCGCAUCCAGUUCACAAAGUACGUGCAGCCAAUUUGUUUGAGACCACCCGAAGAUUCCUCUUUCUCGUCAAUUGUCAACCAAAAUGGCUACCUUGUGUCCCACGGACAACACAAGUACGGUGACCAACCAGAAGAAAUGGUCAUGCCGAUUGUAAAAAAAAGUAAAUGUCUCAAAGACCAUCUCAGUUUGUGUGUGGCAACCUUCAACGCAGAACUAUACUGCGCCGGCACGAGAAAUGGAACUGGACCAUCCGAGCUGGACGUCGGAACCGGCCUCUUCGUCCAACGUGGAAAUAGCUGGUUCCUGGCAGGCGCACUUUUCGAGCUGGCAUCUCCAGUUUUCUAUGCACCAAAAUCCUUUCACACAAAGCACUACGCAAUGUUUUUGGACGUGACCCAUUUUUCAAAUUGGAUCGUUUCUACCGUCAAGUACAUACACGGUCCGAAGGCGCCCUUUUUGUGGUGGGCUGAACAACAAUAUCCACGGAAAAAUUCUUUUGUGGCGGAAACCAGAAACUUUGUCGACUCCGUAGCGAAUGCGGUGAAUUUCAAACGUACAAUCCCCCUGAUUGUGAAAACAGUGGCUGAGAAGAAAAUGUAUUCUGAAACUGAAUUUUCACCGCAAAACCAGGAACUGAUUAGGCAUAGUAAUGAAUUUAUAAAUCAUUUUUUGAAAAAUUUGUAUUGAGGCUAGGUUUUUUUUUCAAAUUUAAUAUUAAAAGAGAAACUCACUAAAAGUACAGUGGAAUCUCUCGUUGUGGAUUUUGAAGGGACCGUCGAGAGCGAGAGGAAUCACAUUAUAGAACGAAAAAUCAUGGCAUGCUUCUUGAAGGGACUUAAAAAUGUAUUGACAGCUGGAGCAAUAUUGAUAUCGAGAAGAUCUACAGUCAGUGAGUCGACUGUCAAAUAUAGCUAAAUAAGCCAUAUCAGCAAAACGAAUAGCUAGAAUUUUAGUUUGAAAAAUAAAAAUCCUUUCCAAAUA